GGUGCUUACCUGAAUUAGGGUCGGCUUAAAUAAGGCCCAAUUGACAUCACGAAAACAGAUCUAAAACAUAUGGGAUUAACUAUUUAAGCCCAUUUUCCCCACACUCACUACUAGCUUCCUUGGUCACACUGCUCCCCGACUCCCGUCGAGAACACACCGUAGCUCAGAGUCAAAGUAACAAACAGAUGGUGUUCAUGUGGUCGUACCCACCCACGCCCAAGCAGCUAGCCGUCAGCGUCUGCUUCUUCAUAGCCGGCGCCUCUCUCUUUGCCACUGGAGUCCACCUCUCCUUCGCCAACAUAGGCCCUCAACAAGCCCGUAGCAAGUUCAUCAAAGACCGCCUUAGGAAGCUAGUCGACGACGACUAGCAUAUUUGAAAACCAAUCGCUUGGUAAAUAAUACUUGUAUACUACAAUCAUUGUAACUCAAAAGCUUCGCACUCUUUUCUUUUAUAUUUUGCUAUUACAAUGAUCUGGGCCUCAACUUUUGAGUUGCCGGUGGCAUUCUUUGGUGUUAUCUCAAUUCUAAAUUGUUUG